ACAACCUUUUCCCCGACGGGCGCCGGAGCUCUUGAGUCACUUCCGCCGCGAGUAAAUGGCGGUAGCGAGCAGGGUGGACUGUAAACAUAUCAGCUACCACAACUGUCGCCGCGCUGAGGAGGAACUCGCCUCCCGCUCGACGGAAACAAAGCAAACGCGGUUCAAAUGGAGGAGGAGGGGGAAGGGAGAGGAGAGGAAGGGCCGGGCUGCGAGGUGGCCGAGCUGCGGCUCCGGGUCGAGUCCCUGAAGCAGGAGCUGCAGGAGUGCCGAUCCGAGCUGAGCAAGCUGGAGAAGCAGCUGAGCCAGUCCGAGAGGCUGCAGCGGAGCACCGAGGGCUACAACGAGGACCUGCGGAAGCAGGUUGACCAGCUCAGUGCAGAGAUCCAUGAGCGAAAGAAGAAAGACAAAGACAGGGUCAACCAAGAAACUCAGACAGAAGAACAUGUGUGGACAGAAACCGAUUACUACAAUUACUACUAUGGAGGUUACAGCCAGAACGUCGAGGCGGCAGAUUCACAGGAAACUCUGGACACGCCGACAGCAGCAGCAGCAGCGCCGGCGGCGACGGAUGAGACUGAUAACAGUACGUCGGCGGAGGCAGCGGCAGCCAAUGAAGCGACGGCCCCAGAUGUGUCCUCUUCAGCAGGAGGCAGCGAAGCUGCUGCAGUAGAGGGAGGCGAUGCGGGCUCCAUAGCCGACAUGCUGAGGGCCACCGCUGAAGAAGCCAUGACACAGACCGGCUUUGUCUUUGAUGAGACAUCGGGGAUGUAUUACGAUCACAGCACAGGCUUCUAUUACGACUCGGUCAGUCAGUUGUACUACGAUGCCAACACGGGCAUAUACUACUACUACGACGCAGAAAGCGGACGGUAUCAGUUUCAUUCCCGGAUCGAGGUGCCAGCCGUGCAGAGCGCCACCGAGCCUGUCCAGGAGACUCCGGUUCCCGACAAGAAGUGGAGAAAGGUCCAGAAAGGAGCCAAGAAGGCGUCCCACCAGGACGAGGGGGAGCACAAAGCGGACGAGGCAAAGCCGGAAGCGGAGGAGACGGAUCGGGCCGAAUCCCGAAAGCUGCACCGGCGCUCCCGUAGCCCGGACCCGGCCAAGAGCAAGAGAGACUCUUCAAAGCGUGGGAAAGACAAGGACAAAACGUCGCCGAGGAGGAAGCGGCUGAAGAACGGCUCGCACCACGAGGAGAAGGGCAGCUCCAGGAAGAAGAGGAAAAAGUCUAAAUCGGAGAAGCACGAGAAGAAGAAGAGGAAGAGGAAGAGGAGGAGCCCGACUCGGAGCGAGGAGUCCGAGGGCAACAGCGAACCGGAGGAGGGCGAGAUCACGGAGUCUGAGAGAGAAGAUGUGGACUCGCCCUCUUCUCCUUCGUCCUGUUCCAGCCCCAAACACUCCAGGGAAAGUCCCGAGUCGGAAAUGGAAGCGCAGAGCCAGGAAGUUAACAACAUCUGGCCUCCCUGCGUACGCGUGACGGUGGUCAGGUCCCCGGUGCUGCAGGUGGGAACUCUGUUCAUCGUCACGGCCGACUCUCCGGCCACAUUCGGCAGAGAAAAGGACAUGGACCACGCGGUUCGGAUACCAGAGAUGGGAGUCAGCAAGUUCCAUGCGGAGGUGUAUUUCGACCAGGAGCAGCAGAGCUACAUGCUGGUGGACCAGGGAAGCCAGAACGGGACGGUCAUCAAUGGGAACCGCAUCUUGCAGCCCAAAACCAAGUCGGAGCCUCACGCGCUCAUGCACGGCGAUGAAGUCAAGAUGGGGGAGACCGUUCUGUCCUUCCACAUCCACUCGGGUACGGACACCUGCGACGGCUGCGAGCCCGGACAGGUGAUGGCUCACAUCAGCAAGCACAGGAGGGAGGAGGGCACCGAAGGUCCUGGCCUCAGCAAAGAGGAUAAAGAAUUGCUGAGACAGAAGGAGCUGAAGCAAAUGAAGGCCAAAUACGGCCUGCAGAGCAUCGAGUAUGACGAGACCAAAGCCCUGAGGAACCCCAAAUAUAAGGACAGAGCAGAGUCGCGCCGGCAGACCGUGGGCAGCGAAGGCGUUUUCCAGCGAGACGACGCGCCGGCUUCUGUACACAAGGAGAUCAGUGAAGUCAACAAGGGCCGGAAGAUGCUGGAAAAAAUGGGCUGGAAAAAAGGAGAGGGACUGGGAAAGGAGGGCAGGGGAAUGAAAGACCCGAUCGAGCUGAAAAUCCGAAAGUCCCAGUCGGGCCUGGGAGCGGCCGGCGCCAUGUCCGUGGACGACGCCUCUGCGGCCCGAUCCAAGUCGCAGAAGAACUGGGAGAAGGCCCGCGAGCGGUUCGCCGACUCCUGCCAGCCCGACCCGCCGGCGCCCAAAGCCCAGAAGAGCAAAGCCUGGGUCCGACCCGAGGAGGCGGAGGACGGCCAAACCAGUUUGGAGCCGCAGUUAGGAGUGACUUGAGGCUGAACUCGUUGUUGAUUUUUCUGUGGAGCAGAGGAGGGAGUGUCCUCCCUUCCCAGGAAGCCGCCACUGUGUUAAAGCUUGAGAAAAGUCCCUGUGCCAGCUAACUGUUCUGGAAACUGUCUGUGUUUGCUUUCAGCCCCGUAAGUAUAAAGCCGUUUUAGUUGCUGUGCUUUUUUUUUUUGUUUUUGCUCCAUCAGACGAGCCGAGAACAGGAGCUCAAGGCUGAGCUGCAGGACACUCGCCGCCUCAAGCAAAUAUUGACACAGUCGAGUUGUAUUUCUCACAGUGAGAUCUUAUUGUAACAAGACGACUAGGAAUCUAAUGGAAAAACACCCAUUCAUGUUAAACAUGUGAUAAGAAACAACUUUUUUAAAAAAAAACAACAAAUGUGACUCA